GCACCAUGACUCCCGUGAGGACCCAGCACGCCUUGGCAGGCCAGGCCUACGCCGUGCCCCUCAUCCAGCCAGACCUGCGGCGGGAGGAGGCCAUCCAGCAGGUGGCAGACGCCCUGCAGUACCUGCAGAGGGUCUCCGGAGACAUCUUUAGCAGGAUCUCCCAGCGAGUGGAGCUGAGCCGACGCCAGCUGCAGGCCAUCGGGGAGAGGGUCUCCUUGGCCCAGGCCAAGAUCGAGAAGAUCAAGGGCAGCAAGAAAGCCAUCAAGGUGUUCUCCAGCGCUAAGUACCCCGCCCCAGAGCACCUGCAGGAAUACAGCUCCAUCUUCGCGGGCGCCCAGGACCCCAGCCUGCAGAGACGCCCCCGCCACAGGAUCCAGAGCAAGCACCGCCCCCUGGACGAGCGGGCCCUGCAG